AUGAGUCAGCUUUCGGUAAUUACUGUAAUGCAAAAAGAAUUAGAUGCUAUUUCAAGACGGCGAAGAAGUUUAGAGUCAAAUGUCUCAUACCUUGAGGAUAAAAUUAACGUUGUAAAUCAAAAUCUUGAGAAAAAUGGAAACAAGAUGAAAAUGAUGUCAUUAAUUGAAUUUUUGGAAAUAGAGAAGCAAAGAGUACAAGAACACAAAUUGAAUAAAGUCAAUGAAAAAGCAAAACUAUUAAAGGACAAAAUCAUCAACAUAAAAAAACGUCAAAGGAACUUAACUUCAUGUAACAAUAUUAAAGAGAUAUUGUCAUCCCAAUUACUUUCGAAUGUACAUCUUGUAAAACCUAACCUUUCAAGACCAAAAAGUUUUCAACAACCAAAUAGAGCUUACAAUCAAGCUAAUAGAAAAUAUCAAUCACUUCCUACAUCUUUAUCUCAUACCGAAAAUGAAGAAUUUGAAUCAUUUAAUUUACUUUCAAAUCAACAAAAAGAAAGGUCAUCAACACAUCUGCCAAUGUGUAUGUCAAUGAAAGUUUGUAAAGAAUGCGCAGCAAUAAGAGAUUUUUUCGAAAAAAUGCAGAAUGAAAAAGUUGUUGAUCAGGUUGAUAAAAGAUCUCCCAAAACAAAUUCUUAUGACUUUGGAAACGUAGAAUCACCGUAUAACGUUAGUAGCAAAUCUGCAGUUUCUAAAGUUUUCAACGAUAUUACUUAUGGCAGCACAAAAGAAUCCAAAGAAAGUACGAAAGCUUCUACUGCUAAUGAAGAUCAAAAUCAGUAUUGUAUGAGAUGUAGAGCAGUUAUUAACGAAGUUAAUAACCAAGUUGAAACAUCUCAACAAAAAGAAUUUCAUAUGUAUUCAGAUAUAAAUCAGACAAGCGUAUUAUCUGACGUCAUCGUUAAAUCACAAUCAAAAUGCAUUGAUGAAGACGAAGAAACAGAAAUUUUUGAACCUCAAGCUUCGUUUUCUUCCCAAAAGUCUAUCGAUGUAAUUUCUGCAUCGAUUUUAGCAACUUGUGAAUCUUAUGCUUUUUGUGAAUGCUGCAAAAACAAUUUAACUAAUAUAACUAUGCUAACACCUUCACCAUCAAUAGUUGAAAUGGCUUGCAUAUCACAUGAAAAUUGCACCAAAUGUACAAAAGUCCUUUUAUCAUCCAGAGAUAAAAGCUUAUCAUUAACAAAACCUGUAUCCUAUGAAAAUUUAUGCACAAAAUCUCCUCAAAGUAGUAAGUCUGGAAUGUCUUUGAAGGAACAAGAUGGCACCGUAAAACUUUCCAGUAAGAUACUACUCGAACAAAUUCAGAAAGAAAUAGAAUAUCAAAAUCAAAUUAUUUUUGAUACAAAAGAUCAAAAAAGUAAACUUUCGAUAUUGAAUGAAUCUGAUGAGAAAUUACUUCUACUAAGAAAUAUGCUAGAAAUAGAAAAUAUGAAACUUGCUGAUAUUAAGAAUCUGGCUAGAAACGAGGAGCAAAAGCUGAAAGAAUUAAAUUCUUGGAACAAACCUUUUAUUACUGAAAAUUUUUUAAAAUAUGUUGAAUAA